CUUUCUUGGUUAGAAAUUCGAAUAAUUUUAUUUCCCUGUUUUGUGCGAUAAGUUGUAUUUAAAUAGUAAUAAAGUGUCGUCGUUAGUGAGUGCACUCUUAGAACUUUGUGUUUGCUUUUACAAUAAUAUGUUCUAUUUAAUCGGCCUAGGUCUGGGGGAUGCAAAAGAUAUAACUGUAAAAGGCCUAGAAAUAGUUAAACAAUGUGAUAAAGUACUGUUAGAGGGCUACACAUCAAUACUGACUGUUGGUAAAGAAAUAUUGGAAAAUUUCUAUGGAAGGCCACUUACAAUAGCUGAUCGUGAGAUAUGUGAAAGUAGCAUAGAUGGCAUACUGCAAGAAGCAAAAGAUAAGGAUAUUGCACUAUUAGUUGUAGGAGAUCCUUUAGGAGCAACUACACAUACUGACAUGCUACUGCGUGCCAAAGAAUUAGGUGUGAAGACGCAGAUUGUUCAUAAUGCAUCAAUUAUGAAUGCUGUUAGCUGUUGUGGACUACAGCUUUACAACUUUGGAGAAACUGUAUCAAUUCCUUAUUGGACUGAAACUUGGAAGCCGGACAGCUUUUUUAAAAAGAUAAUAGACAAUUACUCUAGAAACUUACAUACACUUUGUCUUUUAGAUAUCAAAGUAAAAGAGCCUACUGAAGAAUCACUGACAAAGAAAGUACGUCAGUACAUGGAACCGAAAUUUAUGUCUGUAAAAGAAGCAGCAAGUCAGCUUAUAGAAAUUAUAAAAAACAAUGAAUGUGAUGCAGGAUUAACAGCAAGCAGUUUAGCUGUUGGAUUGUCGAGAGUCGGAGCACCUGAUCAAAAUAUUGCAGCUAAGACUCUCGAAGAAAUGAAAGACUUUGAUUUAGGUCCCCCAUUGCACAGUUUAGUGAUUCCUGCCCCAUCACUACAUCCAAUUGAAGUAGAUUUCUUAGAGCAGUUUAGGUAAUGCUCAAUAAAAAAUGUUUAAUGUA